CUCGCGUUACCCACCUCACCCUUCCGGCUCCCGGUCCCUCCUCCACGGCGUCUCUGUCGUCAUUUCCUGUGGGUCUGCAUCGCCGAAGAGAAGAUGGCGGCGCUGGGGGAACCGGUCCGGCUGGAGAGGGAUAUCUGCAGAGCAAUUGAACUGUUGGAAAAACUACAGAGGAGUGGAGAGGUGCCACCACAGAAACUUCAGGCUUUGCAAAGAGUCCUUCAGAGUGAGUUCUGCAAUGCUGUGAGGGAGGUAUAUGAGCAUGUUUAUGAAACUGUGGACAUCAGCAGCAGCCCUGAAGUGAGAGCUAAUGCAACUGCAAAGGCUACUGUUGCUGCGUUUGCUGCCAGUGAAGGGCACUCCCAUCCCCGAGUUGUUGAGUUACCCAAAACAGAAGAGGGCCUUGGAUUCAAUAUCAUGGGAGGCAAAGAACAAAACUCACCAAUCUAUAUCUCUCGGAUAAUUCCAGGUGGAAUUGCUGACAGACAUGGGGGUCUCAAACGAGGAGAUCAGCUACUUUCUGUUAAUGGAGUGAGUGUUGAAGGAGAGCAUCAUGAGAAAGCUGUUGAGCUGCUGAAAGCAGCCCAAGGGAAGGUUAAAUUAGUUGUACGGUAUACGCCAAAAGUCUUGGAAGAAAUGGAAUCACGCUUUGAGAAAAUGAGAUCAGCAAAACGCAGACAACAGACCUAAUCAUUUAAAAACUUUAUGUUCCUCUUUGCUUUUAGCUAGAAAGUUUUACUUGUGACCUACUGAUGGCCUUGAUGCCAGUGAUUGUAAACCACCAGAAACUUCCGUGAAAUCUUCUUGCCAUUUUAUAAAUGCCUAUUUUAGCAUCACUUAUGGUUGUAGAGAAGCAUACACUUUUUUUCUGACGAGAAAAAGUAAAAGGUGAUGAGGGCAGUUCUGUCCUGCUGUUUUUACAGGCCUUUUUCAAAUGCAGAUUUUGUCACAAAGUUGUUAUAGAUUUUUAAAAAUGCUUUUUUAAUAUUAAAAUGUACUUUUACAUUCUUAAUCUUUUUUUAAAAAGAGCUUUUCUUCAUUUGGCAACUUAUUUACAAAUAACAGUUCUCCAAUAUUUCCUUUUGCUUACUCCAAUUUCUUUGUGAAAUUUCUUUUCGAUUUUCCAAAAUAGUAAAACUAGCAGUCUUGCCUUCAGCGGUUUAUCACAUUGAAUGUUGGCAUUGCUGCUGCAUUUUGUACUUAGAACAUAUGUAAACUAUCUGUAAUCAGUGGUAAAUCAUAGCUAUCGUGGAACCUUCUUAUUUGUAUUUAAACAGUGUAUAAUGUAUUCAUUUAUACUGAUUUGUAAAAGUAAGUUUUUAAACACUGAAGAAAUCAUUGCUAAAUAUGUAUUCUUUCAUAAUAUUUAAGCAGUGAAGUGAGAUGAUGUAAUUUGAUUAUUAACAUUACUAAUUAAAUCCCUUAUUUAUAUUUAACAGUAUGUCAUAAAUUAUAAACGCAAACAAGCUCAGAUUUCAACUUUUCGAAUUUUUUAUGCUAUUCAUUUAUAUUGAAAUAUAUUUCUCAUAUUUCAGUUCUUCCACGCCUAGAGAUGAGUCAGUUUGUGCUGAGGAAAAUGAAAAUAAGAAAAAGUAAUAACUUCAAAUGUGGAGCCGGAAGAGCCCAUCAUAAUUACUAUUCAGCUUCAGUUCCAGUUCGAGACAGGAAGAGGAGGCAGGGUUUGUUUAAGAUAGAGAAACAGGCAGCUUCUUAAGUCUCACAAAAUGCUUCUUUAUGAUUCAGAUAGCAAUGGGUGUUUGAACAAUGCUUUUUACCGUUUGUCCACUGGAUGUCACCAUUUUACUAAAAGGCAGCUAUCGAUGUGUGAUUAUGACUAAGUCUUCUAAAAGCUGAAAUCAAAGUUGAUUCAUUUUCAGUCACAGAUUAUAAGACCAUUUAUAAAGAGUUGAAGUGAUGAUAAAAAACUAAUGGGUUGAAAUGCAGGAAUUUAUCAUAAUCAUGACUUUAUUACCUUUAUUUUUUAAAAAAUGGGCAUUUUGUAACAUUCCUUCAGGAAGAAUGGAAGUGUGUACGUGUUUUUGCAUGUUUGUGAGCACUGUCAGUCUUACAAGAUAUCUGCAGCUUUCAGUGAUUUUCAGAGUAACAGUCGAUCGGCAUUGUUAUUUAUCUUUUAGGAAUUGAACACUGGAUUGUGCAUGGUUGAAUGUCUUUAGUCCACUACAAAAUGUGCUUGAUAUUGAUAGCAUCAUGUUGAAUUGUAUAUUUUCAAAAUUAGCUGAUGUGUUUUUAAAAUGUUGAGACCAAAGUAGUAUAGAAGAGUAUGACAUAUUUUAAUUGUAAGAUUACUAGAGGUAUUUGUUGUAAAAGUAUAUAUUAAAGUUGGUGCAUAUAGAAGAGUAAUAUUAUUGUUGUGCUCCUAUGCCUGCAUCACAGGGUAAGUACACCCUGAGGAAACCUUGUGUCAACCUAUCUACUGUGGCUACAGUUGCUCCUGAGGGCGCACACCAGCGUUCCCUUACAACUACAGCUUCCUGGUUCAUGUUUCAGCGAUUGCAGAAUUUCAGCCAACUUACAUUUUUUUUUUCUUUUUUUAGGUUGUUGAGUAAGCUAUUCUGCAGUAAUUCACAAUCUGUUCUUUGUGUGGGCUGCUACCUAUUUAUAAUUCGUAAAAUAAAAGUAACUUAAAGGAGCCAAAUACAUAGCUUUGCUUGGUACUAUUGAGCAUGAGUAGCAAUAGCUUGCUUUCAUUGAUAUGAUUCUCGUAUCUCAGAAUUUUAAAUAUUGACCAUAGGAAAACUCAGUGGCAAGUGUACAGUAGUCUUCUUGUGUAAUAAGGAAGUGAAGGAACUUUAGUAAAUGGAUGGUUUGUGAAUGAAACUAGGCACACAGUAAAUAUAUAAUAAGUAUUUGUUUCAUUUGCAACUUACAAAAACAAAUGUCCCUGUGUCCCAGCUUUCCUUUUCUUAAAUAUUUCAAAAUAAGUUGACUUGGUGAUUCUCAACCUUAGCUGCAUGUUUGAAUGCCCUGCAGAGCUUAGAACUUACUGAUACUCAGGUCCCUCCCAAUAACAGCCAAGUCAAAAUCAUUUCUUUAUUGGUUAACAGUUUUAAAUAACAUGUUUUGACCAAGUGUACCCCCUGUUGCCUUUAGAAGCUCACUCUGUAUAGUUCUGAUGAACACCCAGGUUUGAGGAGCACUGGUUCAUGGAAUUUCCAACUGUACUGGAUCUGGAAGCUACUUAAUGAUUGAUUAUAUUUCUUAGUACCUCCUUAUAGACUUAAAGGUAUUUGGCUUUCUAUCUUUUUAUGGGGUGUGGGGAACAGGGUCUCUACAUAGCCCUGCCUGGGUGUCCUGGAAUUUACUAUGUAAGCCAGGCUGGCCUUUUUUUCUUUUUAAAAAAAUAAAACCUACUAAUAAUUCAGUUGUGAAAUUCAGUGUUUUCUCUUUCUGCCCCCUUUACCUUUAAAAAUUUUUUUAAGUUAUUUGAAAGAUCAUGUUUAAAAUUUUCAGAUGUGAAACAUAAUGAUUCUGUGCUGUCUGCAUAUGGCUCCUUCACCCAUUCAUUACUGUACCCCUACAUUGUUGUAGCCUUGGGUUUUUGUUUGUUUGUUUGUUUUUGAAAAGGUAACUAUAUACAUUUUAUUUUAAUGUAUUUAAAAAAACGAGAACAUAUAUAUUUGAGUAAACAGCAUGCUGACACGGACCAAGUCUUAAAGACUUAAUGUGUUCACAGAACUAGCCCAGGCAAAGAAUAAAUACUAGAUAGUGUUUUGGGAAGAGAGUGAUCAUCUGGGUAGGAAAGAAAGAGCCUUGUGGAUGUGACUGCAGGAACACUUCUUUUUACAUGUGCAGAGUUGCUGACGUGCAUGACAAAAAUGGCCCAACCCACCCAAAUAGCCUCUCCAUUUGGUUGUCAACUACAGGGAAUAGAUGUUCCAGUUUUUAAGAUCAUCUGCUUGUAAAAUUUUAAGGUAUUUUGCUCAAGUACUUUGUUUACAAUUAAAAAUGAAUAGAAUUUACUAGAAGAUAAGGUUGUGACUUACCUGGAAAGCAUUGCCAGCAUGACUUGGUGUAGAUGUAAAAAAUACAUGUGAUUAUAAUGUGGAAUGCAUUGACAUGUAAGGACUAGUGGUUGUACCUCCUGAAUAAAUGUCUGUCUAUACAGUUUCUAACUUAUGGUUCAUUUCUCUUCUGGCAACAAUCUCAUUUUGUAGUUUUUAAUUUUCCAAAAUGCCUGAGUAAUAUUUCUUCAGAGGUUGUUGAAGUAAUAAUAGUUACAUAAUGAGGGAGCAUCACUUGAUUAUUAAUUUUCAGGAAGUUUUAAACUAAUUUGUAACUGGACAUGGUUUUUAAAAAUAUUGGCAAAGAUUUGAUACACGUGUACUCUUUUUAGUUUGAGAAAAUAAUUUGGAAUGUGAAACAGUUUUUUUCAAUAGCUGAAUCAUUUAGCAAUUAAAUCGUGAUUCUAGGACUUGUUUAAAGUAUAUUUGUAUGAGUCAUGCUUGUCCUUUGCAUUUGACGAAACUGAUUAAACUACAAACAGAUGUAUUUCUGAACACUGUGUAUAAAAUAACCUUUACAUAGAGUAAAAGCAAAAUCUGUGGUGGCUCCUGAAAUAAAACUUCAGAUUUCGGUA